ACUGGAUCACGUAGACCGGAGCAUUACAGCUGUGUUUUAAGGAUCAACUUGCUUUCCGGAGAUAAGAGACAUCAUGCAUUCUGUGAUGAAAUGCUGGUGGGCCCUUAGUAUCCUCCAUCUAUCUCAUGGCCUGGUACAUGGGGACAUGCCAUUGGACGGUGGCCAACCAAGCCACAGGAGGCUGGAGCCCUCCUAUAUUUCAGAGAUUGUCAAGACUCAACCCGUCCAGGGUAGACUCUGAUAUCCUUGAAGCAGACACUGUGGAACAGUUGAUGAUCGAUGCCCAAUCUUAUGAUGAGGACACCUCCCAGGAGAUGACGGAAGCCUUGCAGCUCCAGAGCAGGACCAUGCGCUCCCCCCGCCGCUGUGUGCCCCACCAGCAGUCGUGCCUGGGCCACCAGCUGCCGUGCUGCGACCCCUGCGACACAUGUUACUGCCGCUUCUUCAACGCUAUCUGCUACUGCCGCCGCGUGGGUCAGUCCUGCAGCCACAGGCACACCUAGCCCCAACCUCGCUCCCAAGGCUGCAAAAACAAACGAGAAGCAAAUCCAAAGUAAUGUGUUCUACCGCCAUUCCCUCAUGUGAACAAAGAAACACACGCAGGGAUUGUGUUAUAAACAACAUCAGCCUUUUCUUCAUUGUGUUGUGGUAUGUUUUAUGUUAUACUUGAUAUGACAGGUAUUUGAAUGAGUCAUGAUGAGGUAAAAUAUCAUUUUAAAUAUAGAGCAAUCCUUUCAAACUCACAAGGCAAAGUAAAAUGAGACGGACAGGAAACGGCCAUAAACAAUGAGGCAAACCAUGAUGAAGUACAUGUUUAAAGCUAAAGCCUAUUAUCACUAAUCCAUAUGAUAACAUGGAAAUUAUAAUGAAGCAAUAGGCAUAGGUACUUUCUAAAUCCCCAGGGUGGGUAAAUAGAUAAUAAAUGUGAAUAUAAUUUUAGUAAUUUCAAUCAUUUUAAGAAAAUAUGUAAAUAUUCAGUCCUAUGGUAAUUAUAGAUUAUUUCAUAAGUAUAUAAUUGCUAUGUUCCUCAGUGAAUGACAUAUUUUAUUAGGUUAUGUUUUGGAAUGUACCCUCCUUAAGUGGCUGAAGUUCAUUCAUGUAUAGUUUACUUAGAAUGUCUGUUGAAACAAUGUGCAAAUAAAGCAAAGAAAAUAUAAAUUAACAAUUAAGUCCAUUAAUUGCUAACUGUGUUAUUCUUAAAGUCCAAAUUAUUAUUAAUAGGUAUUUGUUACUAAAAAAUGUCACAUGCACAAAAGUUUGUCAACUUUCAGCGUGAAUGUGAGUCUAAUAAGCCUGAGAUAAAAGCAGCAAUCUGAUCUGCCGUCAGUCACAAUAAUCCAGUUUGAUUCACACUAUGGGACUGUGGGAAUUGAUAACAAUCAAGCUCUUGUUUGACUAUUUAAUGACACUUGUUGCCAGCCAGCUGACUGAAUCCUUGGAUUUACUGCUCCCAGAAAAAAAGCGCACUGUGAACUGCUGUUAAUGGAUAUUUGGAAGAGAACAUCUGUCCUCAGUUGAUCUUCUUGUUCUAAAACAAAGUCACAACUAAACAACAACAGUUGCCUGAGUGUCUAGGCAGAUAUGUGUCCCCUAGGCUCUUUAGAGACAUCCUGUCAAACAAAUUGGCCGUGCUUGAUUAAGUGGAAACCAAGGCAUUACAAGGGGAAAUACAAGGGAAAUUGUUGGGGAAUAGAAUAUGGUAC